GGCAAACGGACAUUCGCGGGACUUCAGAGAAUAAAACAACUGAAGAAAUCUGCGAAGACAACUCUCUGAUAUUAGUCCACUUUCCCCUAACCCCUAGUGGUACACUACUUCAGAAUGGGUGUUUCGAAAUCGGAGGACGACUACGAUGUGUUACGUGAAGUUGUAGACGUAUUAAUAGAAGUAUGGAACCCUUGUUCUCAUUUCGCCUAAGGUGUUUUCAAAUGCUAGGUACAUGCGUUUCCUGUCGGAUUCCGAAAAGCGGCUCCUUCUUGAUGGUCUUGAUUGCGCAUCUCCCCCUGUUUUCAAGAGAGAAAUCAGGGGGUACCCCCAGAGCCCUCUUGUCUACCACGUGGCCAGCUUUCUGACCAUGUUAAUGUUAACAGGGUAUUUAUGUUCCUGUUGAGCUGUUUAUUUUAGACGCUGUCCCACGGAACAGACUCCGCGUUACGAGAUGUUCGAAGAGGGUAGUUACCACAAUCAAAGAAUUAUUGCAAUCGAAUUCGUGCGGCAAGAGUUAGUUGGCGCGGCUGGAUUUUGGGAGCAGUGGACUGUUCCCCAGAAGGCUUACAAAUUGAAUCACAUUCUCAGUCGCCUGAGAAGACGAGGAUUCUUAGAUCUGCUUCAGCUUCGCAAUACGACGGGGUCGGUCGACCGCGUUCCUGUCCCUCGGCAUCGAUUAAUUGAAGCCUGCCAAGAGUUGAAUAAACAACUGUUUUCCUGUUUCAGUCCGCCGUCCAAACUCACUGUUUGCGGUCGCGCCCUGGACAAACACACCAUUCGUGAUUCCUCUGGUUGGUGGGGUCAGGUUUCUGGAACUGAAGAAAAGAAGAACGAAGACGGACUGAAUAAAGUGAAUCAGAUUUUGGACGAUGCGAUGUGGAUCAAUAUUCAUGAGCUACCAGGCAGCAUCCCGACGUUGGAGGUUCGAACGGCACAGGGACACGGGGUUCGUUUUGACUACGAACCUCUGAGAUUCCGGGGUUUCGUCGAGCCGCACCAAACAGAGGGUUGGCUUAACCGUUACCGACAUUAAUCGUUUUUGUAAACAGUACAUUCUCUUGUCUUGCGCUUGAAUUAACUCCAGAAACUUUCAUCACCCCUCUAUUACCCUGUGAUAACCCGUGCAUUCGUCUUUAUGUUGCGCUUGUUACAUAACCUUACAUUUUCAUCAGUUUGUUUUUCUUCCUAGUAGACGAUUUUUUUCACUGCUUUGUUAUUUGUCGUUCAUAGGAAAACCUUUGGCUGGCUUUCCGUCAUUGACUCGGUGGUAAUCCAAAUACAAGUGCUUGCACUUGCUACAUGAUGAUAAUAAUAAAAACCUCAGAAUUGCUGCUAAAUUCGCAUACGUAAUGCUUGAGUUCAGCUUAAAUUCUCUUAUCCGUCUUGCUGUGAUAUGCUUUCUAUGUAACCGUCGAGAAUUUGUGGUUGCUGCCAGCCUAUUGAGUUGUAGCAACCGUGGAAUCAGUGGUGCGAAUACAGUCUAAAAAAC